AGGAAUCAAGUAAUAAAGAAUCAGAAAGUGAAGAGUCAGAAGACAAAGAAUCAGAAAGUGAAGAGUUAGAUGAAGAAAUCCGAGCAAGCUCAUCUAAAGCACCUCUUACUCGACGUGGUCGUCCAAGGUUAAAUGCUGGAAUUCUUCCCUUAUUAUCAGAUAGUGAAAUUGAUGAUUCCACUUUUGCUGUUCAAGAUUUAACAAAUUUAGAAAAGAAUGAUGUUGAUGAAUUAAUCGUAGAUCUAACAACAAAUCUGUCAGAUCCGACGAUCGAACUCCAGAUAAAUAAAUUCGACCAUACGAAUGAUUCUCAAAUCCUUACUGAAGAUGUUCUUGAUGAUGAAGAAAUCGUGAGCAUUGUGUUGGAUGAACAACGGGAAUUCGAAGAGG